AUGACUGUUGAGAUAUCUGUUGAGAAAAAUGACGUAAACAGCUUUGUUAUGAAUACUGCUGAUCAAGAAAAGCAAUCGAGUGAAAUUGAACCAACAACAGAAGAACUUCAUACCUUACAACAUAUUUCUGAUCAUAUUCCGUUAACUGCUUGGAUGAUUAUUCUUUGUCUCUUCUGUGGAUCGUUUGCUUUUUAUGGUAUAUCUGGACCAUUUCAAAACUAUAUUCAGUUUCCUGUACCUUCUUCUAAUGAUACACAACCAGGUGCACUUAAUCGUGGUCAUCAAACAGCAACAUUAUUAACAACAUUCUUUAGUUUUUACUGUAAUAUAUUUCCCAUUGUUGGUGCUAUUGUUGCUGAUCAAUUUUGGGGAAAAUAUAAAGC